CCCGCCCCCUCCUCCUCAUCUUGUCUCUCAGUCAGUGGCGAACAAUGAGGACCUGCAAGGGGUUCUUUUUCACAAUGCAACUCUUGCUUUUUGACUUAAAAGUCUCGUCUUUCCGGCUAUCCUCUUUUUCCCUCUCCGGGGCCAUUGGCGAGAUGAUGUAAGGACCGAGUAAGCGCGCACGCUGAAGUCCGCUCUCCACCGAACAUGCAGAAGGGAAUACGGCUGAAUGACGGUCAUGUCACCUACCUGGGGCUUUUGGCCAAGAAGGACGGCACGAGACGCGGGUGCUUGAGCAAGAAGAGCUCGGACAACACGAAAUGGCACACCAAGUGGUUCGCGCUGUUGCAAAACAUGCUCUUUUAUUUCGAGAACGAGUCCAGCUCUCGCCCUUCGGGAUUGUACCUGUUGGAGGGAUGCAUAUGCGACAGAGCGCCUUCGCCCAAACCUUCGCUCUCGGCCAAGGAGUGUUUGGAAAAGCAGUAUUAUUUCACCGUCAGCUUCACUCACGAAAACCAAAAGGCCCUCGAGUUACGGACAGAAGAUGUGAAGGACUGCGAUGAAUGGGUGGCCGCCAUAUCACACGCCAGUUACAGAAACUUGGCCAACGAGCACGAGACCCUCAUGCAGAAGUAUCUUCAUCUGCUUCAAAUUGUGGAGACGGAGAAAACGGUUGCUAAGCAACUUCGACAACAGAUAGAAGACGGGGAAAUCGAGAUUGAGAGGCUCAAAUCCGAGAUCGCAGGGCUGCUGAAAGACAACGAGAAGAUCCACGCCAGUCCCACGGCAGCCCCGAAUGAGGAUGACUCCGAAAUCAAAAAGAUCAAAAAGGUCCAGAGCUUCUUGCGAGGUUGGAUCUGCAGGAGGAAGUGGAAGACUAUUAUCCAGGAUUACAUCCGCUCGCCGCAUGCCGAGAGCAUGAGGAAAAGGAACCAGGUGGUGUUCAGCAUGCUGGACUCGGAGGCCGAGUACGUGCAGCAGCUGCACAUUCUGGUCAACAACUUCCUGAGGCCGCUCCGCAUGGCCGCCAGCUCCAAGAAGCCGCCCAUCACCCAUGACGACGUCAGCAGUAUAUUCCUUAACAGUGAAACUAUCAUGUUUCUACAUCAGAUCUUCUACCAGGGGUUAAAAGCCAGAAUAGCCAGCUGGCCAACGUUGGUGUUGGCCGACCUAUUCGACAUCCUGCUGCCCAUGCUGAACAUCUACCAGGAGUUUGUGAGGAACCACCAGUACAGCCUCCAGAUCCUGGCCCACUGCAAGCAGAACCGAGACUUUGACAAGCUGCUGAAGCAGUACGAGGCCAAGCCCGACUGCGAGGAGAGAACUCUGGAGACCUUCCUCACCUACCCCAUGUUCCAGAUUCCCCGAUACAUCCUAACGCUUCAUGAACUUCUGGCCCACACGCCCCAUGAACACAUAGAGAGGAACAGCCUGGACUACGCCAAAUCUAAGCUGGAGGAGCUUUCGAGAAUCAUGCAUGACGAAGUGAGCGAGACAGAGAACAUCAGGAAGAACCUGGCCAUUGAACGCAUGAUCGUUGAGGGCUGCGAGAUCCUCCUGGACACCAGCCAGACGUUUGUAAGACAAGGUUCUCUCAUCCAGGUACCGAUGAGCGAGAAGGGCAAGAUCACCCGUGGGCGCCUGGGCUCUCUUUCUUUGAAGAAGGAAGGGGAGAGGCAGUGCUUUCUUUUCUCCAAGCAUCUAAUCAUCUGCACCAGAGGGUCUGGAGGAAAGCUUCAUCUCACCAAGAAUGGUGUCGUCUCCCUUAUAGACUGCACUCUUAUGGAGGACCCCGAGGGGACUGAUGAUGAGUCCAAAUCAGACAAAGGCGGCCAGGACAUGGAGCACCUGGACUUCAAGAUUGUGGUGGAGCCAAAGGACAGCCAGUCGUUCACAGUCAUCCUGGUGGCUUCCUCAAGGCAGGAGAAGUCUGCAUGGACCAGUGACAUCAGCCAGUGCAUUGACAACAUCCGCUGCAAUGGACUCAUGAUGAACGCCUUUGAAGACAACUCCAAAGUCACUGUCCCACAGAUGAUCAAGUCUGACUCGAGUCUGUACUGCGACGACGUGGACAUCCGCUUCAGCAAGAUGAUGAACUCCUGCAAGGUGCUUCAGAUCCGCUAUGCCAGCGUGGAACGUCUGCUAGAGAGGCUGACCGACCUGCGCUUCCUCUCCAUCGACUUCCUCAACACAUUCCUGCACUCAUAUCGCGUGUUCACCACUGCUGAUGUGGUGCUGGAUAAACUCAUCACCAUCUACAAGAAGCCGAUCAGCGCGAUCCCUGCUCGGUCCCUGGAGUUGUUCUUUGCAAGCAGUCAGAAUAAUAAACUCCUGUAUGGAGAGCCACCCAGCUCCCCCAGGGCCAGCAGGAAGUUCUCCUCUCCGCCUCCCUUGGCCAUCGCCAAGAACUCGUCCCCGAACCGACGACGCAAGCUCUCCCUCAACAUUCCCAUCAUCACUGGGGGCAAAGCUCUCGACCUGGCUGCCCUGAGCUGCUCCUCCAAUGGCUAUGCAAGCAUGUACUCCUCCAUGUCCCCGUUCAGCAAGACCACUUUGGACAUCAACAAACUCUACGUGACCAGCUCGAUUACCAGCAAAAUACCAGAUGAGGGGGAGGACAAGAAAGACAAGAUGGAGGAGACCUCAGUGUGCAAACAAGAUAUCUCUGUUCGGGAAGAAAGUGACACUGACCAAAACCAGAGCGAUGAUGCCGACCCAGAAGCCUCGCCAACAAAGUCGCCAACCACCCCGAAAAACAUCAAAUGCAAGAACUCCUCAGAGUUCUCUCUGUUCUCCUACAACAAUGGCAUGGUGAUGUCGUCAUGUCGAGAGCUGGACAACAACCGCAGUGCACUGUCCGCUGCCUCCGCCUUUGCCAUUGCUACAGCCGGAGCCAAUGAGGGCACCCCCACCAAGGAAAAAUAUCGAAGGAUGUCCCUCGCCAGCACAGGCUUCCCAACAGAUCAGAGGAAUGGCGACAAAGAGUUUGUCAUCAGACGAGCGGCGACCAACAGAGUUCUGAAUGUUCUCAGACACUGGGUGUCAAAACAUUCGCCGGACUUUGAGAGUAACAAUGAGUUGAAAACAAAGGUUAUUGCCUUCCUGGAGGAAGUGAUGCAUGAUCCUGAGCUGCUGACUCAAGAGAGAAAAGCAGCCGCCAAUAUCAUCAGAACUCUGACUCAGGAUGAUCACGGUGACAAUCAGAUCGCUCUUGAAGAUGUGACACAAUUGGUGAGUUCAGGAAAGGCCGACCCUUUCGAGAACCACUCAGCCUUAGAGGUUGCAGAGCAGCUCACCCUGCUGGACCAUCUGGUGUUUAAGGUCAUCCCAUACGAGGAAUUCUUUGGUCAAGGCUGGAUGAAGAAUGACAAGAAUGAAAAGACGCCCUACAUUAUGAGGACCACAAAGCACUUCAACGAUAUAAGCAACCUUAUAGCCACAGAGAUCCUGCGCUCAGACGACGUGGUCGCCCGGGUAGCGGUCAUUGAAAAAUGGGUGGCUGUGGCGGAUAUUUGCCGCUGUCUCCAUAACUACAACGCAGUGCUUGAGAUCACCUCCUCCCUCAACCGAAGUUCUGUCUUCCGUCUCAAAAAGACCUGGCUCAAGGUGUCCAAGCAGACAAAAGCAUUGAUUGACAAGCUGCAGAAGUUGGUCUCUUCAGAGGGCAGGUUCAAAAACCUGAGAGAGGCUCUGAAGAACUGUGAUCCUCCGUGUGUUCCCUAUCUGGGCAUGUACCUCACAGACCUGGCCUUCAUCGAGGAGGGCACACCAAACUACACCGAAGACAAUUUGGUCAACUUUUCAAAGAUGAGGAUGAUUUCUCACAUCAUCAGAGAAAUCCGACAGUUUCAGCAAACAGCAUACAAGCUUGACCUUCAACCAAAGGUAGCCCAGUACCUACUGGACGGGAUCUGUGUUCUGGAUGAAGAAAGCAUGUACGAAGCCUCCCUCAGAAUUGAGCCGAAAGUGUCCAACUGAUGGUCCUCUAUGCUAUGCUAUCUUCUCUGUUAAUAUGACACGUCAAUUCACAUACACACUCACUUUUGCAUUGUUGUACAAGAUAUUUGCUCUUCUGUACUGUAGAUGUUUAAGGUUGUUUCAUGACAGAAGAUAUGUUGAAGCUUUUUUUUAAAUUAAUUUGUAUUUAUUUUUUUAUUUUUUUUAAGCAUAAUAACAGAGGUCGCCUUGGUUUGUCAUGUUUACAUCAAUGUGACCAAUGACAUUAUUUCGCUUUGUGUAAGCUUUACACUUGCCAGCUAUCUUUACUUCAGUUUUAUCCGUAUUAGUUUGUCCGCAACCAAUGUAGCAUUGUAAAAAGCGCAUCAAAUCAGGUAAAAGAGCACAGAGAACACAGAGAUUUGCAAGCAAAGGAAGAUGUGGGAAAUACAUUCGGUGGUCAGCAAACCAUCUCUAUGCUUCCUAAACCAAAAAAAAAGAAAAAAAAAAGAGAUUAAUCUCUUCAUUUCUGCUCUGCAACAGAUGUUCCCAAAUGUUUUGCACCAUAGACUAUUUUUAUACUGACAACUUCCAGGACAAAAAUCACAAUGACACAUUAAUGAAACAGAAGCUAUUGUGCCUGGUUUGGUCAAAAUACACAAUUGUAAUUUGGUGGUGAAGAAAGGUGGUGAUGACAGACUGUUACCUUGUUGACUAAUAACCAUGUUGAGUUGUUCACUGAUAAUACUAUAUUAAAUUAUAUAUAUCACAGUUGGGUCUGUGGCAGGAACUGCAGAUAAAUAGCAAAGUGUUGGAAAGCGAUGCUCAUCGAUAUUUUAAAAUUGCUACCAAGUUUUUGUUUGUAUGAAUUUGUUCCUUGGUCUCCUGUCCUGACUGUGCAAAAUAAUGUCAGUCAUCGAUCAUUCAAGACAGGUUCCACCUCUUUUGUGUUUUGUUGUUUAUUGUAAAGAGUACACCAGUUCAGUAAAACAUGUUUGUUUAAAUUAUAAAUGAAUUUAUUUUUUAUUUUUUUAAAGUACUUUUCAAAAAAAGAUGGUAAGUGUUCAGCGAUACUUGUGUAGAGUAAAACGGUUCUUGCUCCUCUGUAAUUAAAAGACAAUCUGUCCAUCUUGCUGUUCCAGUGAUUGUGGAACGUGACAGUAUAUCACUCUGUUAUAUGCAUUGCUGUUUAUUAUCAAUAUGAUCAAAAUGUAAGUGAAUGACCUCUGCCUGCAGCAUUCAAACACUAUUUUUGUAGUAGUCUAUGAGUGACCUGCUCUUUAUAUAAACACAAGAAAGUAUUUUGUACUUUGUUGUUAAUUCACUUCUCUGACAGACGCUGUACAUUUUUGUACAUGCUAGCCCUGCAUAUUCCUCAAUGUGGAACGGUGUAAUCCUUUAAAAUAUAUAUACAUAUAGCAAGCUUCAACACAAACUUCUACAACAGUGUGGUCUUGAAACCAUGACUUUAGAGUAGGCAUCAACAAGUGUUUUGCAUUAUACUGUAAUCCUGUCUAUAACCAUUUCUGUUAGCAGGAAUUAUAGUAAUGUAGUGCUUAUUCUGUGAAUAUUUGUAUUUUUACUAUGUAUGUACAGGACACUUUUGAAGCUCACGUGACAGGCAUGCAACACAGACAAAAUAAUAUUAUAUACUUAUACUCUAGACACUUAUACAUGCACAUACAGUACUCCUAUAAGGUAUAUGAACAAAUAAACAUUUUUGCUGUUAGCAAUACCCAGUGGUAUGAAAAUUAUAUUUCAACCCUCAUGUUUCCACACCUUAAUAAGACAUUCCCCAUUUUGUAAGAAAGUUAAAUAAAUGUAAAAAAUAUAUAAAUAUAAAAUCAAAUUUCCGUAUUAUGUUUCCAAGUUACCUCUUGCUAAUAAAUCCAUUUUGUCUCAGGGGCA